AUGGCGUCGUACGUUCCGCCGGAGUUUAGCGAGGAGCUUUUCGGCGUCAUGUUAGACUCCUGCACCCCGUCCAGGUCGCGCGUGGAGGCACUGACGCAGGUGGCUCUCCGCCACCUGCCACAGGCCACAGACACUUGGUCUGCCCUGCGGAAGGCGCUCGUGCGCCAGCAGGAUUUGGCGUCGGAGGACAAUAAGGCGCUGUGGUACCUGCUAGACUCACUCAUGAAGCAUGCGCCGCACGUGUUUGUCCCUCUCAUUUCGCCGCGCUUGCACGACUACGUUGUGCAGCAACUGCCGUGGCACCUCGUGGGGGUGGUGUCGACGUUAGGCGGCGGGGCACUGUGGUGUGACGCGAUGAUUCGCACGUGGGAGGGUGUGUUGCCGCCGCACCUGAUGCGCAGCGUGAAGUCCUUCGUUCUGCAGCUGCGCAGCGGAAAGGAGCUGGCGCACGCCAUGAGUCUGAGCGGUGAGAGCGACGAGGUCCAGGCCGUGGAUCCUCCAGCGACACGUGAGCAACUGCAGCAGCUGCGGGAGGCAUGGGAGGUGUUCUGGUCCUUCGCCGCGGAGGGGGCGCGUGCGGCGGGCGAUGCCCCCCCUGCGGCGUCAGCAGCCGCCGGUGCACCGUCGCUCGCGCCGGUGAAAUGUGAGCCGCCGCUGCUGCUCGCGGGGGUGAAGCGCGAGGAGGGCACGCAGCCCGCCGGCGACGCCGCCGGCAGUGACGGUGACUCCGACGUGGAGUACGUCCCGACGUUCGUGCGAGGGGCGCAGCGCCGCGAGUUGCCCUCGCUGACGGGCGACGGCGCCGCCGCGCAGAAAACGCGUCGAGCCGCCCGACGACGUCCGCGCGAGGAGGACUGA